CUCAGCUCACAGGGAAAGCUUUUCUUCUCGCAGCAGCAGCAGCAGCAGCAGCAGCGGGGAUUGUGUGACUGCACACACAUUAAAAAACACACACUCAGUACUGAAAGCGGCGAGAGAAGAAGGACUCUUCCCUGGGUCGUGUAUCCCUCCCCGUCCCACCGUUUCUGAUUUUGGGCCGUCGUUUUUUUUUUUUUUUUACCCCAAUUCUUUAUUUUUUGUUUUUCUACGUUUCCCCCACUCCUGGCAGUCUCUCUGUGGCGCACUCAGGUUUCGUUCGGCUGACAUGGUAGAUUAUCACGCUGCCAAUAACCAAUCCUCGGCAGGCGGGGUUCAGACAUACAUGGAGCAAGAGAAUGAUUGGGACCGGGACCUUCUGCUGGACCCGGCCUGGGAGAAACAGCAGAGGAAGACGUUCACAGCAUGGUGUAACUCCCACCUGCGGAAGGCUGGCACGCAGAUCGAAAACAUCGAGGAGGACUUCAGGGACGGACUCAAACUCAUGCUGCUGCUAGAGGUCAUCUCAGGCGAACGGUUACCCAAGCCUGAGCGAGGCAAGAUGAGGGUCCACAAGAUCAACAAUGUGAACAAAGCCCUGGACUUCAUCGCCAGCAAGGGAGUCAAACUGGUCUCUAUUGGAGCAGAGGAAAUCGUGGAUGGAAAUGCCAAGAUGACCCUGGGUAUGAUCUGGACCAUCAUCCUCCGUUUCGCCAUCCAGGACAUCUCUGUAGAAGAGACCUCUGCGAAGGAGGGUCUUCUCUUGUGGUGCCAGAGGAAGACCGCUCCCUACAAGAAUGUCAAUGUGCAGAACUUCCACAUUAGCUGGAAGGACGGUCUCGCCUUCAACGCUCUGAUCCACAGACACAGACCGGAUCUCAUCGAUUACGACAGCCUCAGAAAGGAUGACCCAGUGACCAACCUGAACAAUGCCUUUGAGGUGGCUGAGAAGCACCUGGACAUCCCCAAGAUGUUGGACGCAGAAGACAUUGUGAACACUGCUCGUCCAGAUGAGAAAGCCAUAAUGACUUAUGUGUCCAGUUUCUACCAUGCCUUCUCUGGAGCACAGAAGGCUGAGACAGCCGCAAAUCGUAUCUGCAAAGUGCUGGCUGUCAACCAGGAGAACGAGCAAAUGAUGGAGGACUAUGAGAAACUGGCUAGUGAGCUGCUGGAGUGGAUCCGUCGCACCAUCCCCUGGCUGGAGAACCGAACCCAGGAGAAGACCGUACAGGAUAUGCAGGCGAAGCAGGAGGACUUCAGAGACUACCGCUGUGUCCACAAACCACCCAAGGUCCAAGAGAAAUGUCAGCUGGAGAUCAGCUUCAACACUCUGCAGACUAAACUGAGACUCAGCAACAGACCUGCCUUCAUGCCAUCAGAGGGACGCAUGGUUUCUGAUAUCAACGGAGCGUGGCACACUCUGGAAGGAGCAGAAAAAGGCUACGAGGAGUGGAUCCUCAGCGAGAUCAGACGUCUGGAGAGACUGGAGCACCUGGCAGAGAAGUUCCACCAGAAGGCUGCCAUCCACGAAUCCUGGACCGAUGGUAAGGAGGCCAUGCUGACCCAGAAAGACUACGAGACCUCCACCCUGUCAGAAGUCAAGGCGUUGCUACGGAAACACGAGGCCUUUGAGAGCGACCUGGCAGCCCAUCAGGACAGAGUGGAGCAGAUCGCCGCCAUUGCACAGGAGCUCAACGAGCUGGACUACUACGACUCCGCCAGCGUCAACGCUCGCUGUCAGAAGAUCUGUGAUCAGUGGGACGUCCUGGGAGCCCUCACCCAGAGCCGCAAAGAGUCACUGGAGAGGACAGAGAAGCAGUUGGAGUCGAUAGAUGAGCUUUACCUGGAGUACGCCAAGAGAGCGGCACCCUUCAACAACUGGAUGGAGGGUGCUAUGGAGGACCUGCAGGACAUGUUCAUCGUCCACAACAUAGAGGAGAUCCAGGGUCUGAUCACAGCCCACGAGCAGUUCAAGUCUACCCUGGCGGAGGCCAACAAGGAGCGGGAGGCCAUCCAGGCCAUCCAGGCUGAGGUGCAGAAGAUCGCCCAGAGCAACGGCAUCAAGCUGAGUGGAGCCAACCCCUACACCACCAUCACACCCGAGAGCAUCGACAACAAGUGGGAAAAGGCGAUGGACAUGGUGCCACUGCGUGACAACGCCCUGCAGGAUGAGCUUAACAAGCAGAACUCCAACGACACACUGAGAGCCAAGUUCGCCACUCAGGCCAACACAGUCGGCGCCUAUAUACAGGCCAAAAUGGAGGAAAUCGGCAGGAUAUCCAUUGAGAUGAACGGCACUCUGGAGGACCAGCUGACCAACCUGAGGGAGUACCAGAAGACCAUCAUGUCUUACAUGCCCGAAAUUAACACGCUGGAGGGAUACCACCAGCUCAUCCAGGAGGCCCUCAUCUUCGACAACCAGUACACUUCCUACACAAUGGAGCACCUCCGUGUGGGUUGGGAGCAGCUGCUGACCACCAUAGCCAGAACCAUCAACGAGGUGGAGAACCAGAUCCUGACACGUGACGCUAAGGGCAUUAGCCAGGAGCAGCUCCAGGAGUACCGCGCCUCCUUCAACCACUUUGACAAGGACCACAGCGGGGCCCUGAUGGCCGAGGAGUUCAAGGCCUGUUUGAUCAGUCUGGGCUACGAUGUGGAGAACGACAAGCAGAAGCGAUCAGGACAGAUGGUCUCAGAUGAUUUCCGGGCUCUACUCAUUUCUACAGGAAACAGCCUGGGCGACAGCGAGUUUUCUCGCAUCAUGGGCAUAGUAGACCCCAACGGCAGCGGCGCCGUCACCUUCCAGGCCUUUAUUGACUUCAUGUCCAGGGAAACGACCGACACGGACACAGCAGACCAGGUCAUCGCCUCCUUCAAGAUCCUGGCCGCUGAUAAGAACUUCAUCACGGCCGACGAGCUGAGGAGGGAGCUCCCCCCCGACCAGGCGGAGUACUGCAUCGCCCGCAUGGCGCCCUACACAGGGCCCGACGCCAUCCCCGGAGCCCUCGACUACAUGUCCUUCUCCACCGCCCUGUACGGAGAGAGCGACCUGUAGAGCAGGCAAGAGGAAGAGGAGGGCUGGACAGACAAGGGAGGGAGAGGAGGAAGAGGGGGAGGGAGGUAGAGGGUUCUUCUGUAUGCAGAGGAGAUGCCAGGAAUCGAGCGUUUGGAAGAAUAUGAGUGGUGGUUGUGAGGUGCCCCUGCGUGUGCCGGUUUAGAAAUCCGAAAUUUGUAAGACUGAGCUUGUUGAUUGAGCUGUAGUUAGGUUCGGCCUCCGUCGAAGGUUUUCCAGCUCCGUUACGUCGUAAUCAGAUCGAGAGUAAUCAAUUUAUCGUAAAGGUUUAUAUGAACAGGCAUAUCCAGGGGCAGCUGUGGGACAGGGGGACAGUUGCUCUGUAGUAUGGGUCCUUAGCUUCACCCUCUCUGCCUUUGUGGGGUCAACAGGGGAGGGAUGGGGGGGGGCACAAGCUAAUCUGAUACUUAUGCUAAUUUUUGUUUAUUUUAUUAUAAUUUUUUUCUUCUUGCCAGGGGGGUUCAGGGCGUAAGGUGGGGGGGGUUUGACGUGGCGACUGGCGAGGUUUGUGUAUUAGAUCCUAGAGAGAUAUAUGCUGCGGGGUCAGGAGGGGGGGAGAGGGGGAGGGGGGUGUUGACCAACCAGAGAUAAAAAAUGACAUAUUUACCCAUAAUUCCCAUGUUGCUGGAUAAGGUGACCUGUCUAACCUCAGCUCUUUUCCUCCUCCUGUCUUUGUUUAUUUCUUUAUUUUUUUGUUUAUUUUCUGGAGCAGGUGGGUGGUGGGGGUCGGGGUCGGUGCGGGUGGGAGGGCGGGGCUCAGCGCUGUACAUACUUAUUUUUUCAGUGCGAAGAAUGACACACACACAGUCCCAGUUAUUGAGAAUAAUCAAUGGCAGUAGGGCAAAGUAGAGCGAGAUUUAUUAAAAAAAAAAAUAAAAAAAAAUAAAAUGAGAUGAAAUUUAAAAGCUGAUGAUAGUGACAGAGAGAGAGCAGUUUCACCAGUGGGUAGGUUUGAGCUUCCACACGUCUUUUCAGGUUUUUGUUUUGUUUUUAGCGAUGGAAACAGCUGGUGGCCAUGAAGUUGAGGCUAGUGUACCUAACGGCCUUCUCCUGUACAAAUCCCAUGACGGGCAUCACCAUAGUUAUCCACAAAUAUUUGCUUCUGUGAAACUAUUCUCCUCCUGGGGUGGGCAUCAGGUGCUUAUUUAAAUACAAAAAAAACUAUACAUUUAUAUGAUAGGUAAGAAGACUGUAGUAGUAAAAGUUAGUCCAGUUUUAUAUACCAGAAAUCGCGCACAUUCAUACAGAAAUAUAUACACAUCAUGUCAUGGAUGCAUUUGAUUGGCUGAAUGAAGGUUCUCGCAUUUCCUGGGUAACCAUGGUAACGCGUUGUGAACAGAUCCCCCCCCCCAUGUGACUUUUGGAAAUAAAAAUUAAAAAUAAAUUGUGACAGUAAUGAAAUAAAAUAAACGUGCCUGUUGGUGGCUACAGCCCUGUCCCUCUCUCUCUUACUUUCUCCCUACCUCACUCUCCCACUUCCUCCCCCGUCUCUCCCCCUCCUCCCUCCACCUCCCCCUUUCGUCUGUGAAGAAAAGGGAAAGAAAAUUUACUGCGAGGAAGGAAGGAGGGAGGGGAAAGAUCGGGGAGGGGUCUUUAUGUAAACAUUCCAUUAUGUGCAAAUAAAAAAAAUAUUAAAAAAAAGGAAAUUGUUAAAAAAAAAAAAAAAACUAUGCAAUCAUAAUGUGUUCAAAUAUCUGAGUUCUGGGGAAAGUUGUGGGCACCAAUCAGACCCCCUCGGAGAAAGUUCCCUGUCUAAAUUAAACAGGAUACCAGAUUAUUUCUCUAGUGUUUGUCGGCUGUUGGAGGGAGAGGAGGGGGGAGACAGGGGGACGGACGGACAGGGAAGGGACGGAGAAGAAAAGACUUGGACCAAAAGCUUGUUUCUUUUUUUUUCUUUCUCUUUUUUUUCCCCUGCGAGGUUGGAGAGAGAGAAAUGAACUCUGGAAUUGUGAUUUUUCCUUUUUUUGUACUCUUUAAUAUCGAACCUUAUCUGCUGUACUGGAAACUGCAACGCCUUCUGUCUCUAAUGAUAAAGUGAGUUUCACAAAGCACACAUAAAAGUUUCCUUACAAAAUUA